AAUGAGGUGAAAGGUAUCUGUCUACUGUUAGGGCUAUUCGGUAUCCUUGGCGCGUCCCUACCCUAAAUCCUAACCCUGACCUUAACUUCUACCCGUAUCCUAACCGUAGCCAUAACCCUUACCUAACCUUAACCCUUACCGUAACCGUUUAAAAUAUCUACUUCAAUGGGUGACGUCAGUGUCGGGACGUCCCAUGGAUCCCGGAUAGCUGCGACCAUAUUUCAACCUGCUUUUAACCCAUUUUCGGAAGCAGCAGAAGUCUGGGAGAGGUGAAACAUUGACAGGACAAUGAAUAUCAACAGACUUAUAGCUUUAUCUAAAUCUGUUAAAUUUGGAAAGAUUUUAACAUCUAACGCAAGACAUGCGACGAAAGAAGUCACCUUACCUCACCGAACCAUCAGAACUCAUGCUAGGAAUCUGGGCUACGCCAAGGACCUGUUUCUUGGCAAAGUAAACAAAGCAGAGUGCUUCCCCUAUCCAGAGAUUGGAAAUGAAGAGCUGGAGGAGAUCAACUCGUUUGUUGCUCCGGUAGAGAAAUUCUUCACCGAAGAGGUGGACUCCAAGCGUAUCGACCAUGAAGCUAAGAUUCCUCCAGAGACUCUGAACGGACUGAAGGAGCUGGGACUGUUCGGUAUCCAGGUGCCUGAGGAGUAUGGUGGCCUGGGUCUGUCCAACACCAUGUACGCCCGACUCGGAGAGAUCAUCUCUCUGGAUGGAUCCAUAGCAGUUACACUGGCUGCCCACCAAGCCAUCGGACUCAAGGGGAUCCUGAUAGCCGGUAGUGAGGAGCAGAAGACUAAAUAUCUCCCCAAGCUGGCUUCAGGAGAACAUGUAGCAGCCUUCUGUCUCACUGAGCCUGGCAGUGGGAGUGAUGCUGCGUCCAUUCAGACCAAAGCCACCCUAUCAGUAGACAGGAAAACAUACCUGCUCAACGGGUCAAAGAUCUGGAUCUCCAACGGCGGGUUUGCAGACCUGCUGACGGUGUUUGCUCGUACGGAGGUGGUAGGAGAGGAUGGAGUGAAGAAAGAUAAGAUCACUGCCUUCAUCGUAGAGCGAGCCUUCGGAGGGGUCACCAGCGGAAAACCAGAAGACAAACUAGGCAUUAGGGGGUCUAACACAUGUGAAGUGUCGUUCGACAACUGUCCAGUCCCUGUGGAGAAUGUAAUAGGAGAAGUAGGAGGAGGCUUCAAGGUAGCGAUGAACAUCCUCAACUCUGGCAGGUUCAGUAUGGGCAGCGCCGGCUCUGGAAUGAUCAAGAAGCUCAUCGAGAUGACAGCAGAGUACGCUGGCAGCAGGAAACAGUUUGGUAAGAACCUCAGUGAGUUUGGGAUGAUCCAAGAGAAGUUUGCGGUGAUGGCCCAGAAUGCAUUUGUGAUGGAGAGCAUGGCGUACCUGACGGCUGGGAUGAUGGAUCGACCGGGGGUCCCUGACUGUUCUCUAGAGGCUGCUAUGGUUAAGGUGUUCAGCUCUGAGGGAGGCUGGAUCUGUGUGUCUGAGGCUCUGCAGGUUCUAGGAGGGCUGGGCUACACUAAGAACUAUCCCUACGAACGCUACCUCCGAGACUGCCGUAUCCUGCUCAUCUUCGAGGGCACCAAUGAGAUCCUGAGGAUGUACAUAGCUCUGACUGGGAUGCAGUACGCUGGAAAAAUACUGACAGGCAAAAUCAAGGAGAUGAAGAAGGGGAAUGUGGGUGUGGCCUUGGAGAUGUUGGGCAGGAAGUUGGGAGACGCGUUUGGAAGGAAGGUGGACCUUGGACUGACUGGGAUGGAUGGGGUGGUGCAUCCUGGUCUGGCGGACAGUGCCAAGAAACUGGAGCAGAACGUGGCCCAUUUUGGCUCCACAGUGGAGAACCUGCUGUACAGAUAUGGAAAGACGAUAGUAGAGGAGCAGCUGAUCCUGAAGCGUGUUGCUGACGUCCUGAUCAACCUGUACGCCAUGACAGCCGUCCUAUCACGAUCUAGUAGAUCUAUCUCGAUAGGGCUCAGGAACCACGACCAUGAGGUAAUACUGGACUAUACUAUCACCAUUGUGUUGAUAUACAGUGUUGUAAAAAAGUAUUUUCCCCCUUUCUGAUUUUAUCCGCGUCUG